UGAGGCCCACCCACGUUAGGUGGCUUGUUCACGGUCUCUGUUUUUUCUAAUCCUUUCAGAACGUUUGUGAGGUGAAGUUUCUCAAUUUCUCGGGAUCCUGAUGAGUUUCCGGAAACUCACUAGUUUUUGGCCUUUAUUAAAGUCAUUCAUUCCCAGGCAAAGCUGUUCGGAUCACAUCUGAAGUGCAGGCAGCGCGUUCGCGGUCUCCAUGACAACAUCGCGGUGUAAAUACUGCUGCGUCUCCUGCAGGGGAGGGCAACCUGAGACUUGCGCACUCGCCUCGUCCAGGCAGCGCAGGAACUCGGAGGCUUCCGUAGAGGGAGGGAGAAAGAUGGCGGCGGCAGCACUGGAACGUUUAGGUGCAUUAUGGAUGCAGAAUCUGAGGGGGAAGCUGGCCUUAGGCGUUUUACCCCAGUCACAUAUCCACACAACUGUAUCUCUGGACGUAUCUCGAAAAUGGGAAAAGAAGAAUAAAAUUGUGUAUCCUCCACAAUUGCCUGGUGAACCUCGGCGACCAGCAGAAAUCUACCAUUGUCGAAGGCAAAUAAAAUACAGCAAAGACAAGAUGUGGUAUUUGGCAAAAUUGAUACGAGGAAUGUCCAUUGACCAGGCUUUGGCUCAAUUGGAAUUCAGUGACAAAAAAGGGGCCCAGAUAAUUAAAGAGAUUCUCUUAGAAGCACAAGAUAUGGCAGUGAGAGACCACAAUGUGGAAUUCAGAUCCAAUUUAUAUAUAGCUGAGUCAACCUCAGGGCGAGGCCAGUACCUGAAACGCAUCCGAUACCAUGGCAGAGGUCGCUUUGGGAUCAUGGAGAAGGUUUAUUGCCAUUAUUUUGUGAAGUUGGUGGAAGGCCCUCCACCUCCACGUGAGGCACCGAAGACGGCAGUCACCCAUGCCAAGGAGUAUAUUCAGGAGCUUCGUAACCGGACCAUUAUUCACACUCUGUGAUGGGGGGGUUCAGAUUCCACAGUGUAUAUAUUUUGCCAUUUAUUUCCUAAAAUGAGACAAAUUAAAGACAAAUUCUUUUUA